CAUUUAUUGCAGCAGUGUGAACUAACUCGUGAUAUAUUUCUCUCCGUCCUUUGUCCCCUUCCUCCAGUUGACCCCAUCACUGCCUCCUCUGCCACCUCACUCAUGGCUCUGAGUGGCUCUGCACUACGCUCUACUGGCGGCGCCCUGCUGCUCACCCCGAGGGCCAAUGGCACCAGGGGCACGGCCUUCACAGCCGCGCCUCUGCCCCUCUUCUCGUACUUCAACACCAAGGCCACAUGCGGUUACCAGUUCGCCUUCAACGCCUCCUUUGCCUUCUCCCUCGACCCCGACUCAGAGGCCGGCGGGGAUGGGCUCCUGUUUGUCGUCGCUGCCGCGCUGCCAGACAGGCUGGGAGGGGUGGGGCGGCGGAGUGUGGGCGUGGAGUUUGACUCGGUGCUAAAUGUGAAGCACAGUGACCCCAACGACAACCACGUGGGCGUCAAUGUGGGCGGCUCACCUGUCUCCCUCGCCUCUGCCACGGCCCCUCUCAUCCUCAACGACGCCCAAACCAAGCACGCCUGGAUCCACUACGACCCCACCAGCGGCGGCACUCUCCGACUCUUCCUCUCCUCCGACCCCGUGCAGCCCCUCGCCCCUGCCCUCCGCGUUCGAGUGUCCCUCUGCUCCAUCCUGCAGCCCAAGGCGUCCUCUGCUGCAUUCCAUAUGGGCUUCACAGCUUCGUCCACGGCUGGUCCACAAGCACACUCCGUUCUCAACUGGACAUUCACGGCGGAUGUCCCACUCAACCUGCGCUUUGACCCAUCGAACCUCGCCCUGGGGUUUGUGUUGGACGAGGAUUCCUUCUCAUCUCAGGGAUUCAACUCCGCCUUCCACUACGCCAGUGCGGGAUUCGAGUCAGCGCAAGACAACAGCCCCUCGUGGCUUCUCAUGUCCUUCAACUCCUGGGUCUUGCCUGAACCUGUCUGGCCUGUCAAGAACCAACAGGGCUGCGGUGACUGCUGGGCGUACGCAGUGGUGGCAGCGGUGGAGGCAGCCUACAGCAUUGCCAGCAACUGGUCGCAGCCCCCCGUGCUGUCGGUGGACCAUCUGCGCCUCGCCCUCUCCUCCAACUGCGACGGUGGCUCCCCCACCAAGGCGCUGCAGUUCCUCCUCAACGCCACAACCCAGGGCAGGGGGCUGCUGGAGCAGGCGGUGUACUCCCAAGCGCUGGCGCUCAAGGGCGGGUCGCCGGUCAGCACGAGGUACUAUGGCAUCCGGGGCAUCGAGCGCACUGCCUUCUACGGGUGGUUUGGGCUCAUGCUGGCAGUGCAGCGCCAGCCAGUCAUUGUGCACAUCGAGGCCUCCGCACCCUCCUUCCAAGACUAUGAUGGGAGAGGCAAGUACGCGGACGAGGCGUGUUUCAGGGGGCAUCUGAACCACGUGGUGCUGGUGGUGGGCUUUCUCUCCACGGGCUUUGACCCUUACUCCGCCAUGCCGCCGCCCUUCUGGAUCAUCCGCAACUCAUGGGGCACACAGUGGGGCGACCAGGGCCACAUGCGAAUGGACAUUCGCAGUGGAGAUGGUAUCUGUGGCAUCAACACUCUCCCGGGGCUCUUCCCUGUCGUCAGAACCAGCGCCGAUUCGUGUGGGUCGCGCUCCUUCAAGUUCACUGUCCUGGGCGCCACCUUCAACCCGUGCGGCCAGUUUAACUGCAGCAAGAAAGGCACCAGCAACCGUUGCAAGUGCUCUGAUGCCCGCUUUGUGCAAGUCAAGAACACCGAUGGAUCAUACACCUGUGCUUAUGUGGAUGUGUGUGGGUCCAGCAGUCGCAACCCUUGUGUGGUGGGCACGUGUGUGAAUGAUGGCAGGGGCAGCUACUCCUGUGUGUGUCCCCCGGGGUUCGUCCAGGGCACCACCCUCGCCAGCACCGCCUCCUGUGCUCCAGGUGAUGCAGGGGGCUUGUACACUGUACAGCAGAGCAAUGUGUGGUGCUCCAAUGUGCAUCCCAUAUUCGCCCUCACUCUGGACCAGUUUAAGCAGCAGAACAAGGGCGUUUCAUGCUCCACGCCUCUGCGCCUCAACUCAAGGCUGCUAGUCAACUCUACUGUCGACCCGUGCUCUGUCUUCUACACCACUGUUCUGGGCGACACGUGUGCGGGGGUGGGGCGGCAGGUGGAGCUGUGUGGGGAGGCGGCCUCGGAUGCGGCGUGUGAGGCGGCAUUUCAGGCACUCAACCCCGCUGUGGACUGCUGGUCUCUGAAGCCCUCUCAGGCGGUGUGCGUGGAGAGAGACCCCUCCAAGGCCAACCUGACUGUGGUGUGCGACCAGUACUACCGCGCGCGCCUCAACGACACGUGCCACAGCAUCGCACAGCUGGCAGAGCCCCCUCUCAGCCCGGUGGACUUCUACCGCCUCAACCCUGGCGUCAACUGCAACCAGCUCAUCCCCGUGAAGAACUACUCUCGCCCCGCCACCACCUUCGGUGCUGAGGUGUGCAUUGGCAGCGCCACCAACUUCUCAGCUGGCAUCUGUUCAAGGACCAGCACCUACACCAUCUCGCCAGGGGAUGAUUGCAAGUACAUCCACCUCAAGUACUUCUACAGCAUCAAGGGUUGUUACAGGAGAAUGAAUGGGUACGAGUGUGUGGACAUGUUGAAACCUGGUGCCAAAAUCUGCACACCUAGUCCGAAAAAGGCUCGAACAGGAACAUGCAGCAUUUGAUGGAAUCCACAUACCACCACUCUCAAAUAUACGGUACGGACAGACCCCCGUUUAUUUGGCACGAUGUGAGAGGUAUUGUGCAAUGGCAUGUUUAUCCAUUCAUUAUCCUCGGGGAAGGGCCACAGGUGCAGAGCCUGGGGGGCUAUGGGCGCACUUACCCGCUAUUCAACAAGCCCUUUUAACCCAGUGGUUAGUGACUGGGUUUCUGACAUGGUAUCAGAGCCAAAGGUCUUGGGUUCAACUCCCAGUGCCAGCGCUACAGAGGCGCUCGUGUCUUCCACCUAUCCCAGCGGGGGGGGGGGUGUUGAGUGACCCGCUGGGGUUGCCCUU